UUCUUUUCGUUCAUUUUUCACUUCACCUCCUCUGUGUCUGGCGUUGUUUUGCUAAAAUAUUGCAAAAUAGAAAAAAGGAGGAAAAUUUUGCCGCAAGUGAGGUGAAAAUCGCUUCAGCUACCCGCUUUCAAUGUAAACAAACGAUGAACUUAGUGUUGAAAUCAUACCUUCCCCAGUUUUAUACCCAAUGACCAGGUGAAGCGGGAGGGAUUGUACCUCCAUCAGCAUCUUCCGCCGCAGUUGCUCCCGCCAGAGCUCCAGCAGAGCCACCAUCACCUCCAACAGCAACAACAGCAGCAACAGCAUGUUGUGGCGGCCCUUGCGGCCCAGCAUCAUAUGGUCAAUGUCCAACUGCCUCCGCAAGAGAUGAUAGUGAAUCUGAAAAAAGAGUUCGAUCCAUACGAUAAGAAUCCCCCUCCGGUAUCGCAGAAUGUGGUGGUUCAGCAGCUCCAGCAACAGCUUAAUAUUCCGCAACUUUUGUCCCAAAACGGUGCCCAGCAGUUGCAACAUCAACAACAGCAGCCGCAGCAGGAUGCGCCAGCCCAACCGCAACCAACCACCGGAGGGAGGAAGAAAAAGAAAGCGAAGGCUGCGAAAACUAUCAUCCUGCCACCACUCCCGGAGGGAUUUAUCAUAAAGAUUAAAGAAGAGUAUAACGAGAAUUAUGUGCGAACUGUUACUAAAAUACCAGAGGAGCAAUUCAUUAGGACAAUCAAGCCACCAGGAAAGAAGGAAAGAAAAUACCACGAUUACAAUGCGGUCAGCGAGUAUCGAUGCGAGAUGUGUGGUAAAUACUUUAAGGACAAGUACAAGCUCAACUAUCACGUUCGGAUCCACAGUCCAGAGCUAUCGCACAGGUAUACUUUUAGGUGCGACGUUUGCGGCAAGGUAUUUGCCCACCAAUCGACUCUGACCAACCACAAGCGUAUUCAUUCAGGUGAACGAGCCUUUAAGUGUCUCACCUGCGGAAAGGCGUUCGUUCAGAGUUCGGCGCUUUCCAACCACACAAAAAUUCACACCGGUGAGCGGCCUCACGAGUGUCUGAUCUGCGGCAUCAGCUUCAUCCAGAAGAUCAACCUGAUCUACCACAUUCGGAUCCACAGCAACGAGCGUCCGUACCGCUGCAACAUUUGCAGCAAGUCCUUCAUCCAGCAAAGCCAUAUCAAGAACCACAUGAAGGUUCACAAGAAAGACAAUCCUCUGGAUUGCAGCAUUUGUGGGAAGAGCUACACAGAUCUGAACGAACUAACAGAACACUAUUCCACCCACACGGUCGAGUUACCAUUUCGCUGCGAGACGUGCGGCAAGUGCUUUGCGCAAGCGAAUCAUCUUAAAAUCCACAAGAAGAACUUCUGCAAUAAGAACUAGGAAAGCAUGCCCAGCGCAGCGAACACGCUGAUUAAAGAAAAAAAAACACUUGAAAAUCAUCAGUACUACUCCCAACCUGCUACUAAUAACAUUAUUAUUACUAUUUAUGACUAUCAGUCAGUUUCCGUUGCAAUCAUCGUAGUUUAUGCUGUUAUGUUGCGAAGCUAGUUUUGCGUAGAGCGAUUUAUAUUACAAUUUAAUUGAACCGAGAUACAAACAGAGACAAACGAGAGAAAGAGAGGGUGGUGCUUCACAAAAUUUGUAUUUCUUUUAUAUAUAUUUUUUUCAUUAUUAAUUGUGAUAGUGAAACGAAACAAUGUUUUCAUUAACUGUUUUAAGAUGAUGUAAAAAACCAGAUUUUAUUCGUUUUUGUUGGCACAAUGAGUCAAUAAAAUGCUGUUCCAAUC